AUGCCCGAUUGGAGGCUGCCUUGUUGGGGGUUGCUUCGGUGGCUUUUGGCUCUGUUUUUUUUUCCCAUUACUACUACUGUUCCUACUACUAUUCCUAUUUCUAUUCUUAUUCCUAGUCAUAUUACUGUUACUAUUACCAUUACUGCUCCUAUUACUAGUCCUAUUAAUGUUACUAUUCGUAGUCCUACUACUACUGUUCCUAUUACUAUUCAUCUUACUGUUCCUAUUACAAUUAACAUUACUGUUCCUAAUACUAUUACUAUUAUUGUCCAUAUUACUACUACUGCUCCUAUAACCAUUACCAUUACCAUUACUAUUACUAGUCCUAUUCCUAGUCCUAUUCUUGUUUCACUUACUAUUUCUAUUACUGUUCCUAUUACUAUUACCAUUACUGUUCCUAUUACUAGUCCUAUUAGUGUUCCUAUUACUGUUCCUAUCACUAUUACUACUAUUGUCCCUAUUGCCAUUAUUGUCCCUAUUACUAUUACUAUUAUUGUCCCUAUUACUACUACUGUUCCUAUUCCCGUUACUAUUACUAUUCCUUACUGUUCCUAUUACCAUUACCAUUACCAUUACUAUUACUAUCCUAUUACUACUACUGUUUCUAUCACUAUUCCCCUUCCUGUUCCCCUUCCUGUUCCUGUUGCCAACACACUUCCAUUCCCUUCCACUAUUCCAGCCGGGCCCCUCCAAUCCCGCCCCCGGUGCGCGGCAUCACAGAGUCUAAUUUGGGGCCGGCUAUGGCCCGCGGCGCGGGCUGGCCCUGGCGAGCCCCGCCAAGCCCGGCCGCUGCGCAGUCGGUCCACGCCAAAAACACACGGGCUCUAUUCCAAGCGCUUCCAAAAACUGGCAGCCAGCGUGGGGCCUUACCGGGCGCUCUUCUUAACACUUUGCAUGCCUGGCACUUUCGGGCAGCAAGCAUCUCCAGGGUUUCCCCGCCCGGGGCGGGCGUUUUUUCGGGCUGAAGCUUAA